AUACAAUCCUUUUCAAUUUCCACAAAAGAGUCUCUUGCAAUGGAAGUUGUUGAUCUUGGAGGCUCACUGGAAACAAAUCAGAUUAAAAAUCUAGGGGACACUUCUCAAAUAGUAGAAGGUUUAGGUUCUUCUUUGCUUGUCCGAAAGCAGCUUGAGCAACUACUGUCCGAAAAACAUUUGAAUUAUGAAACCUUGUCUCUAUUGACUGAUUUUCUUGUAAAGCAUCCUUCUGUUCUUUUAAAGGAUGUUUUACUGACUAAUAGAUACAAGGGUUAUGCCUACAACUGCCUUGCAGAGUUAUUGAAAUUCCUCCAAACACAUACUGUGUUGGAUGUUUUAGGUUCAAGUCACUCUGAAUUUGUUGGGUUAAUACAAGAUGCACGCAAAUUUUCUUUUAACAAGGAUUGGUUAAAUGGUAUUGAAAAACGCGUUUUGUUUCCUGAUUUACAAUUCUCUCGAGAUACGAUGUAAAAACUAUUGGAUUCUAAGAAACAGGUUAUCAAGGAAGUCGAAGAGAUGCGUUUGAAAUUACAUUUUUUCAAUCAACAUAUGGAAGAUAUUAACCAUCAUUUUAAAGCUGUUUUGGCGAGUAUCAGUCAACAAGAGGAACAUGCUUUAGAAACUACGGCCGCAUU